CCCCUAACCACCAAAAAAUCGUAUGAUUUGUACAGUUGUACAUGCUGCAAUUUGUGCAAUUACUCAUUGUUGCAGUCACCGACUAGUCCUGUUGCCGUCACGCAGGACUGCAUUUCAUCAUCCAUAUGGCAGCCGAAGAACCACCGAAAAUGGAAGAUUUAUCAUUGAGCAAUGGUAAACCCUCUCCUGAUGAAGAUGUGGUUGAUCCCUGGAAUGUUGUGGGUUCAGCAGACACAGGAAUAGACUAUGAAAAACUGAUCAAACGUUUUGGCAGUUCUAAAAUUGAUCAGGAAUUGAUCGAUCGUUUUGAGAAAGUCACUGGCAAACCGGCUCAUCAUUUCCUAAGAAGAGGACUGUUCUUCUCUCACAGAGAUAUGCACUCAAUUCUUAAUCAAUAUGAAGCUAAGAAGCCUUUCUACCUUUAUACUGGCAGAGGACCCUCCAGUUCUUCAAUGCAUGUGGGACAUCUGAUUCCUUUCAUGUUCUGCAAGUGGCUGCAGGAUGUCUUUGAUGUGCCUCUUGUGAUACAACUCACUGAUGAUGAGAAAACCUUGUGGAAAGAUUUGAAAGUGGAGGAUGCUCUUAAAAUGGCAGAUGAGAAUGCUAAGGAUAUUAUUGCUAUAGGGUUUGAUGUUAGCAAAACUUUUAUUUUCUCAGACUUGACUUAUAUUGGGCAAUGUCCCGAAUUCUACCGCAAUAUGAUCCGUAUUCAAAAAUGUGUGACUUUCAACCAAGUGAAGGGUAUUUUUGGUUUUGGUGACAGCGAUCCAAUCGGAAAAAUUGCCUUCCCAGCCGUGCAAGCCACCCCAUGCUUAUCAACCAGCUUCCCUGCAAUUUUCAACGGCAAGAAACUGCCGUGUCUCAUCCCAUGCGCCAUCGAUCAAGAUCCUUACUUCAGGAUGACUCGCGAUGUUGCUCCAAGACUAGGUUUUCAGAAACCCGCCUUAAUACACUCGACAUUUUUCCCUGCUCUUCAAGGUGCGAAAACAAAAAUGUCCGCAUCAGACCCGACAUCAACUAUCUACCUAACAGACACACCGAAACAAUUGAAGAAUAAAGUCAAUAAACAUGCAUUCUCUGGUGGACAAACUACUGUUGAGGAACAUCGAAAAAUAGGAGGCGAUUGCAGUGUUGAUAUUUCAUAUCAAUAUCUAACAUUUUUCUUGGAUGAUGAUGAGAAACUCAGUGAAAUCAGGAAGAAUUAUACCAGUGGUGAACUACUCACUGGAGAACUCAAGAAGAUUUUGAUCGAUACUUUAACACCGGUUGUUCAGGGACAUCAAGAACGAAGGGCUAAGAUUACCGAUGAGGAGUUGCGUUUGUACAUGACUCCUAGAAAAUUGAACUUCGAAUGUUAACGAUAAUGUUAUCAUGUGUAUGAAUAUUUUUGAAUUUCCCAAGGACGUCCGACUACAUUUUGAAUGAAUUUAUUUAUUUGCGUAUUUGUACAUUUUUCACUGCUGUUACGAAGUAAAUUAUUGCACAAGGAGACAAAAA